GAUCACUAUAAAUAACCAAAUGUCAAUUCGAUAAACCUAGGGUUUGUGUCGUUGCAAUUGCACUUGCAGCUUCUUCCGCCACUCCACUGCACCCUCUGUGCCUACAAACCACCAUGGCGGACAUCGUCACUGAAGCUGGGGCCGUUCCAGAUCCCACCCAACUAGAUGUCAAACUGUUCAACCGUUGGAGCUUCGAAGACAUUCAGGUUAACGAUAUUUCGUUGGCUGAUUAUAUCGGAGUGGUGUCCUCGAAGCAUGCCACGUACGUUCCUCACACAUCCGGCAGGUACUCGGUGAAGCGGUUCAGGAAAGCGCAGUGCCCCAUUGUUGAGAGGCUUACUAACUCUCUUAUGAUGCAUGGAAGAAACAAUGGAAAGAAGCUUUUGGCUGUUAGGAUUAUCAAGCAUGCCAUGGAAAUCAUUCACUUGCUCACUGACCAGAAUCCAAUUCAGGUUAUUGUGGAUGCUGUCAUCAAUAGUGGUCCCCGUGAAGAUGCCACGAGAAUUGGAUCUGCUGGAGUGGUGAGGAGACAAGCCGUUGAUAUCUCACCCCUACGACGUGUUAAUCAGGCUAUCUAUCUUCUAACAACUGGUGCACGGGAAGCUGCUUUUAGAAACAUCAAGACAAUUGCUGAAUGUUUGGCUGAUGAACUUAUUAAUGCCGCAAAAGGUUCAUCCAACAGUUAUGCGAUCAAGAAAAAAGAUGAAAUUGAAAGAGUUGCCAAGGCUAAUCGUUAAGCAGUUCGAAGUUGUACUGUACCAGAGAUUUUGAUUCGAUCUUUGUACUUCAUUUAUUACAAUAUCGAAUAUUGUGUAAUACUUUUUUAUGGCUUUAGUUUAUUUUUAGUUCCUUUUAAGCAAGGAUUUAAAUGAAGGAUUUUUUAUUCUUGGACGUAAAUUUAUAUUCCAAGACUUGAAUUUAGUACCCUGCUUUUUGGA